CCUCGUGAAUGAAGGCGCAAUAAUGCCUUGUGAGACGGUCUGGAGGCCCCGCGCAUAAGAAAAAGAGAUUUACUGUGAGUUAAUCUGAAGAAUUGGAUUUGGAGUCGUCACCUGGGCUGAGAAGUUUGCCUCAAAUUAACCAGCAGAGAUGAGAUCGAACACUUCUACAAGUUGGAGAGUCCGAGGCUGGAUAACGUGCGUCCUCGUCACCUUUUACGCACAGAACGCUGUCUCCAAACCUAUCCGGUGUAAUGAAACACAGUAUUUAUCGGGAGGCUCCAGGUGCUGCAAAAAGUGUCAACCAGGCUUUCGUGUGUUUUCCGACUGCACUGAAUCCCAACAGACGAUAUGCAACAAAUGUAACCCGGGUGAAUACCAGCCUGGCUGGACUGAACAGAUGCGCUGUCUCCAGCAGAAGCGCUGUGACCACGUUAAGGGUUUUAUGGAGAGGCCUGAAAACCUUGUGGCAGAGGAGCCGUGUCGCUGCCUUUCCGGCCUCCAAUGCUACCCCAUCAACUGUGAGUACUGUGAGAGGAUACCCACCUGCAGUGCUGGAUAUGGACUCGAGGUGGACCCCGAGUCUACUAAUGGAAGGAAGACGUGUGUUGCAUGUAAGAAAGGCUUCUUCUCCGCUGACAACAGUGCUGAACAAUGCAAACCAUGGACGAACUGCAAGGCUGGAGACAAGAGUGAAACACAGCCCGGCAGCGCUCAGGCUGAUGCAGUGUGUGGACCAUUUGUCUCUGGUGCAGCUUCCUCCCGGGUUGUAGUUUCCGUGCUGUCAGUCAUCACUGUUCUCUGCCUCCUCAUCCUGCUCCUCUUCUGCUACAAGGACAAGCUGAAAUUACUCACUGUAAACUUGCGAUCCUGUGUCCAGAAUCUGAAGAGGACUAGGAUACAACAGGAGACCUUGGCCCCUCUUUACCACAGUGGAGCAGGAGGAGGAUUAGGAGGUGGCCACAAGUAUAUCCCAUGUGAGACGACCAAACUCAUCUGCCAAGCACCCCACAGCCCCACCGAUGAGCACCCAUGCACCUAUCCAACAUCCGUUCCUGAUGUCAAGGUCUCACUGCCCUUCACGGGGGAAAGGACAGAGGAAGAAGGGACCAUAGGGAAGACAGUGAUGGAGGAUCAGAGUGAAGGGCCCGGAGAACCCGAGGAGGUGUCAGAAGAAGAGGAGGUUGUGAGUGUGUCCCCUCUGUUGGCAGGUUCUUGUGUGUGUGUCAUUCCUGUCCAUGAGCCUUUGGAAGUGGGGGAGAAUGAGGACUGUAGUCAGGCUGUGAGCCCCGGGACUCCAGGAACCUGCUCAUGCAGAGGGCUGGAGGGAGAGGAAAGUGGCAAAGAAGAGAAAAGUAUGAGUGUCAGGACAGGCGCUAAUGGAGAAAAUGAACUCUGCCUGCCGCUGUCUCAAGCUCAGAUGAGACCAGUCUUCAAACCUCACCUGACUGACAGGUCACUGGUAAAGCAGGAGGAAUUGUACAGACUGGCAAGCACAGACUCCACCUCGACAGAGAACGCUACAACCUCUGCGAUGACCUCGGUCAGCCCCUUGAUGACUUCCUCAUCCGUUGGAGAUCUCUACCUAGACAAGCCCACUGAGACCUCGAACCCGGAGCAAGGUCACGGACUCUCCUGGGGGGAUAGCAAGGGAAUCAAACUCUCUUCUGGAGAGUUAGAUAUUGAGUGUUCACCUGAGAGCCUCCACAGUCAGCUGGCUGAACCAACGCUUACCUCAGGCCAGGUGUCUGGGAGCCACAACACCACCUUUAUCUCCAGCGGUCAGGUGAUGAACUUCAGCGGCGACGUCAUAGUCGUCUAUGUCAGCCAGACGUCUCUCGGUAGCGAAGGGGCGGGUCAGGAUGACGCCUUCGGGAGCCCUGUCCAGGAAGAGGCCAAUGAGACGGCUCUGUUUUUCCAGAGCGGCACGAGGCCUCAAGGGGACUCCAUUAGUCAAAGCACCUUGCGAGAUGAGACACUGCCAGUCCAGGAAGUGAUGGAGGAGCGGCCGCUGGGGAAGUGAGAAGUGACUACUGGCUGUUUGUUGGUCAAAGAACAUUAUUGAUCUCCUAUACAGCCAAUUGCCCACAAACUGCGCUACCUCUUUCCUUCAGGACAGUACGGUGAUCAUUUCAGUGACGAUCAGUUCGGCAAUGUUAAAAUGACCCCCGAUCAUUGCUGCUGGUUACAUCGCCUUAAAUGUCUCAGCUCCUAACUGCAAGAAAAAAAGCCUGAAUAAAGAAAAUAAGGCUUUUAUUUCAAAUGAAGCUGACCAGAGAAAAACUUGUUAGGGAUGUGGAGCUAUCAAUCUAUGCCUACACCAUUGGUUUGGAUACAUUUCACAAAGUCACUACAUCUUGCCUCAGGCAUCUCCAAAGUGCCUUUAUUUCAUUUUCCAUUGGAAGGCUUCAUGCUUUUUCAAAUGGAAACUCCCUCCUUUCCAGACAAAGAUGGGGAAUUUUGCUGGGAAUAAGUUGCGGAACUAUGGUUCGGACUGGAAGAACAUCAUGUUUUUAUUGUUAAAUGGAAAUUGCAGCUGGGUCUUGAUAUAAUAGCGUUAGUGCAUUUUUCACUUCCCACCUUCCACCAUUGGCUAGCCUGGGUUAAAGUCUACACUCCUAUUUUUAAUGGUAUUACAUUUGAUAUUUGCAUGAUUUCAAGAGUGCUAUGCAUAACACAAUAUCCACCAUGUGGAAAAAAUUGUGCUUACUCUCACAAAAUCAAGCCAGUAAAGUAAAUAUUUGUAUGUUAGACAUUCAAUCUACAAGCUACAUUACUAUCUGGCAUUUCAGUGAAUCUUCUUUUUUUGGGAGUUGCAGGGUUUGGCAAAAGCUAAUUUACAAUCAAGAGACACAUCCAGUUUUGGUACGAUGCUUAUUCAUCCCAUAUGUAGAUUUUUUUAAUUCUCUACUUAUUGCACUACAAGUGCAGUGUGUGUCUAACAAAAAAAAUGCUAUGCAUUUGAUAAGCUAUUUUAUUACUGGUUUGUUUUGUUUCAUUAUGUUUUAAUGCGCAAGCCUUCAUGAAGAAAAGUAAAAUGUCAGCCUGUUUAUAUUUUAAUUAAUUUUACAAAGUAGAUUGUUUAUGUAUUAUUUCAGGAGAUAUGUGAUCAAUGUCUGUAUAUAUUUCAAAAGAAAAGGAUGUAUAUGUGAAUCAUUUGAUUUGAGGUGUGUUAAGUGGCGCCAUUAACAGCAGGCAGAACACACAUGUCGGAGUUAUAAGGGACUGCUCGAUUACAACAUCGCCAUAUGUUUGCAGCCAUACGAUUUUGUACAUAUCAAUCACACCUAUUGCAAUGAAUGACUGAAAGAAUAUUUUGAUUGAAAUUAAAUACGUUUUGCAUCUAAUCCUCCCAGGGUUGGCUGCUUUCCUA